CGCAAAAGGAAGACGUGGUCACUAAGCUCUGAUUCAUACAUGUGAGAGAAAAGAAGUAUAGCAUGGUUUUAUUAGACAACGAUGGGUUCCUCACCCAGCUCACAUUACUUCUCCAAAAGACGAGAUCAUCGGGUGCAGUGAAUAUCACAAUGAAAAGAUACUUUGGACAAACCAAACCAAAACCGAAACCACGUGGAGGCAAAAAGCUUCAAAAAUUGACAGCAGUUGAACAAGAAGGAGAGAGUAGAUGUUUAUUUAGAGCAACAAAUGGAAAAAGGAAGCUCAGUACAGUGGUAAAUUCAAAAGAUGUAAAUAGGUUUCAAAUGGCAUAUGCGAAUGUGUUGAAAGCUAAUAUGGACAAUCUAAAGAAAAGAGACAAGAGGACAGAAAAAAGCAAAGCUAAAAAAUCCAAGGCAACUCAGUAACUAGCUAAUGUUCCAAUUAAUAUUAUUAAUAUUUCCAAUAGUUAAAACAUUACACUAGUGGUUGAACCCUCAUGCUUUGAUUAGCAAUUCCUCAGAGAAACUGCUGUACUAUACAUUGCUAUUUUGAUAACCGAAAUCUGAGGAAUUCCAUUUUAAUUUUUGUUAUUUGAGUUAAGUUGUUAUUUUAAGUUUGAAAUGUGGGUCAACUCUGCGUCUUCAAUGUUUCUUACAAGAUGAAUCCUUUAUCUAUAAGACUAAAUUACUUUGUAAGAAAGCUUCUGAUCUCAGUAUUCCAUGUAGUUGAGGAAUUGUACACAGAAUCCUUACAAAUAGUAUAUUUUGUCCCUCAGAAAAUCUGAGGAAAUAAAUGAGGAAAUCACAAUUAA